AUGAGUGAGGAUGUGAAACCUGAAGUGAUUAAGGCGACGCAAGAUGCAUUAGGAAAAUUUAUUAAAAAGCCUAUAUUAACCGAUAAAUUACUUAAAAAGCCGCCCUUUAGAUUUUUACACGAUAUAUGUACUUACGCAAUGAAAGAAACUGGAUAUCUGACUAGUGUUAUUAAUCAACCUGAAGACAAAUUUGAAAAUAUUAAAGAUAGGGAAGGUAAAAUUGCUUUUUUACAAAAAGUGAUUGCCGCAGUAGAAGCAUCUAAUGGUACCAAAUUAACAGUCAAACCUACGAAAAUUGUGGCUGGUUUGGAGGCAACAAAAACCAAUGAAUUUUUACAAGCGUUAGGAAAAGCAAUAAAAAAAUAUCAAGUAGAAAGUAAAUCCACAAAAACAUCUAAAACCAAAACUAAAACUUCUAGAAGUCAUUCGAAAGAUACAAAAGAGGAUUUGCAAGACAAAAAAUUAGAGAAAGGUUCUACAAAGUCUUUGAAAACUAAUUUAGAAACUCAAGAACAAGAAAACAAUAUUAAAAAACUACCAAGCGACAAUAAUACACCCAUAUCAGGCACAAAAACAAAAAAUAAAAAAAUUGAAGAAGGAACUGUUAAAGAAAAUGAUAAGAAAACUCAUGAUAAAAAAACAAAAGAAAAAAAAUUAAAAAUUGAACAUGAGGAAGAGAGUAAUACAUUAAAAUCAUCUUCUGGAAAAAGCAAAAAUAAAUUGGUCGAAUUAAAUAAUUUAAAUGGUUCUGGAGAAAAUGUCGAUUUGCAAAAUGUGGAUGUUAUUCGAGUUAGUAACACAAAUGGUCAAGGGGAUCAUAAAAUUAUUGAAAAUGAAAUGAAAGAGCAUGUAGAGCACGUAGAAAAUGAAGAAGUUAAAAGAAAAAAUACUGGAAAGCAAAAACAUAGGCAUUCUCCGACAGUCAAGUCUGGUUUACACGAAGAAAGGAAUACACAUGAAAAAUUAAAUGAAAUAAUCCAAAAUAAAGAUACAGUAAAAGAUCAAAAACAUGAGUUGGAUGAAAGUCAAACACAUGAUAGAAUUCAUUCUUCAUCUCGACCUAAAAGUAUUCAGCAAGAACAAAUACCGAUAACUAGUCCAUCAGAGUUAAAAAGUUACCAGAAAAAGGAAAUUCCUUUAGCCAGGGAAGGAAGUUUUAUUUCUAGACCAAAAACUGGAAUCAGAGUUCCAUCAGUGAGACCAGCAAGUGCUAGACCAGCUGCUCCUAGAAUCAGAGAAAAAACAGAAAUUGUAGAAACGGACGAAACCAAAAAAAAUAACAAUCCCAACGCCUUCACUUCCGGAAUCAAAGAGGGGGGGGAAGGCGAACACGGUCAUUUAGUCGAACAAAUUUUAGAAGUACAAAAAGAACUUGAAGAGAGUAAUAAUCUCAUGGUGGCAUCAGAAGAAAAACCAUCAGAUAAAACAGAAAUUGAAUGGGAAUUGAGUAGGAAUUCGGAAUCGGCAAACAGAGAAUUAGAUAAACUUCGUGCAAACAUACAAACUUUAACUCGAUCUGCAAAUCCUUUGGGAAAACUAUUGGAUUUUUUCCAGGAAGACGUUGAUACUAUUCAACGAGAAUUGGAAAGUUUGAAAAAUAAAAAUUCGAGUUUGAUCGUCGAGAUAGCUCAUGAAAAAAGUAUAACCGAACAAUUUAUCGAACCUUUAAAAGUUCAUUUAAAAGAAAUUCAGCAAAGUAUAGACGAAGAAUUCGAACAGAUAACGGUCGUGAAAGCUAACAUUAUAAGGAAUAAUAUAAAAAUACAAAAAUUAUUAGCCGGAAUUUAA